GUGGAGAUGACUUAAUUUGCAAAGCCAGUGAUUUCCACAGGUUGGCCAGAUUUGGUCAUUCUCCACAGCAGGCUAUUUUCCACUCUCCUGUUUUGAUUGCGCAGUAUGACUAUUUGGUGGCAUCUGUGGUCCUAGGAGUAAGGAAAAUGCUGUUGCUCAAUAGGUGACAAAAAAAGCUUUUAUGGGCAGAGCAAUGGCGGCGCCCCAGUGCAGGGGUGAAGGCUUGUUAGCUGCGUUCCUGGCUCCACCUAGGACGAAGCUUAUGCCUUCCAUCCAGGCCCCAGGGACCCUGGGGACAGGCCAGCAGCUGUGAGGAAUGGAGGAAACAAAAUCCUGAAGGAAUUAGAUGAGUAUUAUGAGAAGUUUAAACGGGAGAUGGAUAGCAACCAGAAGAGGAGAGUGUUGCACUGCAUUCAGAGAGCCCUGAUCUGGAGCCAGGAGCUGGGCGACCAACGAGAAGAUCCAGAUUGUGAGGCAGAUGGGGGAGCUGGUGGAGAACAGGGCCAGGCAGGUGGACAGUCACGUGGAACUCUUUGAGGCACACCAACAGGUCAAUGACACCACUGGCCAUAGUGGCAAAGCUGGCCAGGAUAAGUGCAAGAACAAGACAAUCACACAGCGAGAAAAGCCAAAUAAUAAGAGGUCUCGGAGACAGUGCAACAAUGAAAAUCGGGAGAAUGCAGCCAAUAAUCAUAACCAUGAUGAGAUCACCUCAGGAACGCCUAAGGAGAAGAAAGCAAAGGCCUCCAAGAAGAAGAAACACUCCAAGGCCAAAGCAGAGAAGGAAGCAUCCCCUGCAGACCUUGCCAUUGACCCGAAUGAGCUCACCUACUGUCUGUGCAAUCAGGUCUCCUAUGGAGAAAUGACCGGCUGUGGCAAUGACGAGUGCCCCAUCGAGUGGUUCCACUUCUCCUGUGUAGGACUGAAUCAUAAACCAAAGGGCAAGUGGUCCUGUCCCAGAUGUCGAGGGGAGAAUGAGUAAACAAUGGACAAAGCCCUGGAGAAAUCCAAAAAGGAGAGGGCUUAAUAACAGGUAGUUGGUGGACCUUGCUGAACAGGGAGGAGAACUAAGCCAGUGUAUUUAUUACAUUGCCACAUUUGAUGGGGCACAAAGACUGUACAUUGUAUAUUUUUAAAGAAUGUUAGAAAAGGAGCCAUUCCUUUUGUAGGGAUAGCAGUGAUUCUCUGUUUUUUGUUUUCGUUGGUACACAUAUGUAACAAGAAAGUGGUCUGUGGAUCAACAUUUUAGAAACUACAAAUAUAGGUUUGAAUUAAACACUCAAGUGAGUCUCAGACUGAUUGUUUCUUUCUUUUUUUGCUGGGAAAUUGACUUGGA